AUGACAGUCAGCCAUCAACCCCGCCGCCUACCUCCACCAGCCCGUCGUCGCGGCUCCACCGUCAUCGGAGAUGAAUUUGACACAAGAGGCUUCGACCGAAAAGCCGACGUUUCUAGCAUCGGCAAACCGCCGUCCAAAUCCAGCACUCCACCGAUCCGCUCUGCCCCAAGCGCCAGAGUCAGAUCCACCACCUUGCCUAACCUGAACUUCAUGUCGGUCACCUACUGCAUUGAACGACGGCGUCGGGCUCCGAGAGGAGAAAGGCCACCAAGGCCCGAAAAGGGCCCAAAUGACGCGACAGGCCGGGUCGGGGCGUGGGAGGUCGGCGACAGAGAGGUGGUGCUGGAGUCAUGGGAGGAGAUAGUCGACGUCGGACCAACCGGGCGGGUCUGGGACGGUGUAGCGACAGACGCGAAAGAGUAUGAGGCGGAUGGUGAAGUGCGUUGGGUCGCUGUUCGGAGGGCCUUGGAGGAGGUGGAUACGGUGGGCGGCGUUGAGGGACAAAGUGCAGCG